CCGCGAUGCUUAAGGUUGUGGUCGCUGAUCAUGGGAUUUUGUCGCCAAAAUAUCUACAAGGGUCUAAGUUGGUGCCCUCCUAUUCACUCUAUUAAGCCACUUACCCCAGACGCCAUGCUGCAGAGAAACCUACGAGCCAAGAAUAAUCGUAAACAUCGAAAGUUCGGCAUCUCGGGUCAUUGACUGUUAUGGACGAUUGCAAGAAAGGGACAUGACUAGGUCCACAAAGGGAGUCCUGUUCCCCAUAUAAAGGUGUGAGCUUGGAAGCCAGAGGGCACAGUUAGAUCAUUCCACAGAAAUUUUUCAAGGGAACACUGCAAUUCUAACUCGGUUAAUUUUACUUGCACAAUGUUCUUCCAUUCUCCUCUUCUUCGGGAGUUGCAUUUAGCUCCUUUGUUUCUCUGUAUCUUCAUCUUUACAAAUUUAGUGGACUCUUUGCCACGAUCUUCUACAUACCAAAAUCAAAACCAAAAUCCCUCAAGGCAAUACUCUAGUGCUAUUCCAGAGUGGCACAAAUAUGUCAGAGCUCCUUCGUCUAGUAUAAUCGCCCCUCAAGGCGUUGCCAGCAUUUCGGGAGAAGUCACAAAUCCCGAUGCUCUUCUUCAAAGAGGUGGCCAAGUCACGACUUUGACCAGAGCUAAUGGAUCAGCUAAUAUCCCUUCAAUCACUAUUGACUUUGGACAAAACAUGGCAGGAUACUUGAGCAUUAACUUUGCUGGUGCUUCCAAAACUCCUCCUGGCAUCCGGCUAGCUUUUUCCGAGAGGUUGGAAUACAUAUCUAACGUCAGUGACUUUUCAAGGUCUAACCAUGUAAGUCCACUUUCAGAUGUUUGAGAGGGUAGCUUAUAUUAAAUACAAUCUAGGGCGAUACAAUAACUCCCGGAUCUGAUCAGGUAUGAUGUUCCAUGUGCUUCUGAUGAUGACUCUUUUCUGAUUGAGAAUUAUUUAGAUCGCGGUCGCUAGUCAGAGUUACACUUGGACCGAUGAACAUGGAUGUCAAUAUGGUACGAAAGUAUGUGCAGAUGGCAUUCACGGUUUCCGAUAUGUCAGAAUCUAUCUAGACGCAUUGCCUGAAGAUGCACCAUAUACGGUACCAUACGGAACGGUAGCUAUUGAUUACUUGAGUUUGAAGUUUUCGGGUGUCCGUGGUAUACCAGAUACCUUCACGGGUUGGUUUGAAAGUUCCGAUGAGGAUUUCAAUCAAUGGUGGUAUGAUGGUGUAUACACCAAUGACUUAGCAACGGACAUUUUCACUCUCAACUCUACCGAGCCUCGAAAUGCAUUUAGCCUGACGCUCGAUGGUAAAUUAGUUCUAAUGGAUGGCGCAAAACGAGAUAGAGAUCCAUAUGUUGGUGAUAUUGCAGUCGCAGGAAAGACAUUAUUCUUGUCACAUAACAAACCCGAAGCUUCUCGUAAUGUUCUUGCUGACUUGGCGGAUCAUCAACGUGCUGAUGGAUGGAUUCCUCCCGCAUCUAUGUAAACUUCCGUUCAACCUCUGUUUAUAAUCUUUAUCUAACAAUCAAAUAGUGCCGGCUAUGAGCUUCAUCUUCUCGACUAUCCACUAUGGUGGAUUGUUUCUAGUUACGAUCUAUUGAUGUAUACUGGCGACAACGAUUACAUUCGAAAAUACUAUCCUAAUCUUGUUAAAUGUCUAGAUGUAUUCUACCCAUCAGUCACAGAUGCUGGCACUAAUCUCAUCUGGAAAGGAGUCGGUGUCUCCGGAGAUUAUGGAGACUAUGCAUUUCUUCCUCGUGUUGGUCCAGUCACGUAUUACAGUGCCCUCUAUGUUUUUGCCCUUGAGAACGCUGCUGUUAUCGCCAAAUCUCAAGGACAAUCUUCCGAUGCUUCCCGCUGGCUCGCUCGCGCUAAAGUUGUAUCCGAUGCACUGAAUUCACACAAUUUCGAUAACUCAGUAGGUGCAUUUUUCGAUGGAGGCUGCGGCAGCGGAUUAUGCAAUACUCAUGCCCAAGAUGGAAACUCUAUAUCUGUUCUCGCAGGAGUUACGAACACAGCCCGGUCCACCUCGAUUCUCAACUACCUCAACAGCGCCAAUCGUCGCUUUUACGGUAACUCAUUUUACGACAAUGAUGUUUUAUCCGAUGGUUUCUCUCAAAGAGUUUACGCAUUUAUCUCUUUCUUCGAAAUAUCCGCUCGAUUCAAGACAAAUCUCGUAUCAAGCGCUUUCGACGAAAUCAGAAGAUUGUACGGCUGGAUGGCAAACAAUGAUCCGAAAAUCACCAUGUGGGAAGGUAUCGGAGCGAAUGGAAGCGCAUACCAAGGAGGUUUCACAAGUAUGGCUCACGGAUGGAGCACCGGUAUCGUACCCGAAAUGAGUAAUUAUGUUUUAGGCGUUAUACCUACCGGGCCUGGAUUUUCCACCUGGAGCGUGAAACCUUAUCCGGGUGAUCUGUCGUGGGCUAAGGGCCAGGUCCCUACUCCUCAUGGUCCCAUUACAGUGGAUUGGAAUAUUAAUUCUAGUGGUUGGUUUGUGCUGAGUGUGGAUGCUCCGGUCGACACAACUGGAACAGUUAGUUUGCCUGUUCCAUUUGGCGCUGCUGUGAAACGCGAUUCUGCGCUCGAGAUUUCUGUAGAUGGGGAAACGGCGUGGGAUGAUGGUCCCGUGGCUUUUGAUGCGGUGUUGGAUGAUAGUGAUGGGUAUGUUAGUUUGGUUUUGCAGGGGGGGACUACUCAUACUAUUACGGUUAAGGUUUAGUGAUUUGGUUUGGUUAGAGGGCUUGGUUUCCUUUCUCUUUUUUCUCUUUCUUUGUAACUAUUCCCAUCGCGGGUUUAUUGUGAAUUGGGACCACUGGACAGCUUAUUGGCGGGAAGGGGUUAAUUAUCAGAGCUUCUAUUAAGGACAUGAUAUGUAAAUUAUCUGGUGGAUACG